UUUGUUUGAUCGCUCGCUACUGCCUCCGGACGGUACGACAGUCAGUCAGUUAUAUCAGUCCAGGCGCCCAGCCCUCCCUGCUGCUGCUGAUCCUUUCUCUCCCAUCCACCUACCCCCGUCACCCUCCAUUUAUCAAACACUACAUCUUCCCUCACCUCCUGCCUGCACUCCAACCCAACCGACAUGAACAGCCACAUGCUCACCACACCAUCCUCGCCCGCCUGCUACUUCUCCAUUCCCGUCAUCAACACCUCGGCACACUACUCCCUGGAGACGCCUUCCACCAGCCCUUUGUCCGCCUAUUCCCCAGACAUCCCCGCCGACCCUAGGAAUCCGCUGCUGGCCUUUCGCGAGUCCACCACCGACUGCUGUAUGUCUUCGACUGCGCACUCCUCCAAGCUCCUCCAGCUGCAAACCUCGGCCGCUCACAGGCCUGCUGCCCAGCCAUUGCAACAGAACUCGACUACUCCAUCCAGCGAUUCCGACUCCAGCUCCUCCAGCUCCUCCAGCACCCCCAACGCCAGAGUCUCCCCGAUGCUCUGCUGCUCACGUUGCCGCCGCGAGAGCGGGUCUGGCAUGAUCCAAUUCGGCGUCAACAUCUACUACUGCAACCACUGUGCCCGCAUGACUGGAUACUGCGCCGGCUGAAUCACCUUUUCUGCACUUGCACACAUCUCCUACGCAUACCAAGUAACAUCAUCACCAUCAUCAUUAUAUCAUUCUUAUCGCGGUGUUUUCAAGCAUCCGCCAACUGCCCGUCCAGUAUAGCAAAUGUCCAGCCUUUAGUCUGGAGCACCACAGUCAUGCGCACCGGCCCCAGAGGAGCUCUGCUGGUCUAUUGCAGGAGUCAGGUUCGCUUUAUGCACAUAUCCCUGGCUGGAUUCACGGAAGCAUAGCAUCCAGAGCGCGGUGACCGAUCUUGGGCGGAGAGAAGAGGGGGAAUUGAGGACGAAAGGAAACAAGGAAUCAGGGCAAACGUCGGGACACGAUGCCUGAGUAGUAGCGCAGGAACGCAGAGCAGGUCUUGAUUUUUUUUUGGUCUAUAGGGUCCGUCUCUGGUAGGAUGGCCGC